GGCCUCUCUUUGCUCCCAAACCCUCCUCCGACCUCGAGCUUCGGCGGCCGACAGCGAGGAAGAGAGCGAAGCGAGAGCCUCGCCGGCGCAGCGCGAUCGGACCCACUUCGUACGGCGGCGUCCCCGGCACGGCGGCGGCCCUGGUCGGCGUCGGAAGCGGAGUUUCCGUGAAAUUCGUCGACGCUUCCUUUUGUUGAAUAAUUUAUUAGCCCCCAGUCCUGCUGAAUUAAGUGUAGCUAAGUUGGGUCUGAGUCGAAUACCAUGGGCGUGGAGUUGGCCAACGAAAGGGCUGGGUUUCUUGAGAUGGAGGACGUUAAUUUCACCGACAAUGAGUUGGUUUAUCACGUUAGGACUGCUCUGAAGUCAGUGUCUUUGGGUGAUAGUGAAAGUUAUGAUGAGCUCAUUGGGGUCAUGCAUCACAGAGAACGACUUUCGCCUGAUGAGGUGGCUCUGCUAGUGACUUGUUUAAAGGCGCUAUCAGGUACAGUUUCCUGCAUAGAUGUGGUGCAUCACGAGUCUCUUCUUUCUUCUAUAUUUGGAAUGAGCAUGUGGAAUUAUGGACCUGAAGUCAUGGAUGCGUUGGUUGACUUAAUCAUAUCUCUGGCUGCUUCAAGUGGAAAAUAUGUCGAUUCUUGCUUGGAUAUGCUUAUAAGGAAUUUUGUCCCACCAUAUUCGUACCUGGCCCUGUUAAAGCAGCCACGGGGCCUCUCAAGAAAAGACCAAGUUCUUUCUCGGGUUCAUUCAGCUCUAGAAAGUAUUGGUCAUUUGGUUCCUCUUGCUCCCAUGAGAUUAUUGUCAUUAGUCGUCCAAAGAAUGCCAAGGCAAUAUGAUAAUGAAGCUGUCAUCAUGACAUAUGUGGAGAACAUGUUCAAGCUGGAGAGUGGUAGUAUGGGACAACUUGUUGGGAGCACAAUGCUUACGGCGGUAGUGGACAGACUAUUAGAUUUGGAUUUGGAGAUCGGGUGGGAGGAUAUUCUACAAGAAGACUCUAGCAAAGGCAUUUUUGAGAUGGAAUUAGAAGAUUUGGAAGAAGAUGAAGAGGACUGGAAUGACGAAGGUGGUGAGCUUCCAGGAAAGCAUUUAAGCAGAAGCAGUCUGCGAGGAAAUAUAAUUGCUGAGAAAUUGGAUAGCUUGUUGGUGUUGACUUUUGAGUAUCUGGAAUCCUGUCAAGGGCGUGGCCGGUUGCUUGAGGUGUUCGAGACUCUUCUUCAUUCUUUUCGAAUCACUGUUCUGAAUGCAUACAAGUCCAAGUUUUCACAGUUUGUGAUGUUCUAUGCCUGCACGCUGGAUCCUGAGAACUGUGGUGUGAGAUUUGCUCGAAUGCUUCUAGAUAUUUUUGUUUGCCAUGAUCACCCGCCAAAUACAAGGAUGAGUGCAGUUGCAUAUCUUGCUAGCUAUCUGUCCCGCGGAAAGUUUCUCUCUACCAGUUACAUUACUACAAUGUUGAAAAGGUUGGUUGAUUGGUGUUUGGACUAUUGCAAAGUUCAGGAUGAGGACGUUAAUCCACUAGCUCAUCGAGUUUUCUAUGCUGGCUGCCAGGCUAUUAUGUAUGUGCUUUGCUUUCGAAUGUGGUCAAUGAUGAGCAUUCCACGGCUGAAGUCACAGCUUUUCCUUAUGCCGAUAGAAACAAUCCUAAAGCACAAAUCCGAUCCAUUGAAGGUAUGCCUCCCAUCUGUAGUGGGGGAAUUUCUUAAACAGGCAAGAGCAGCUAGGCUUUUUACGGUGUCUAAGACAUCUAUCUCUGAUGACAUCCUGGAGACUGAACUUUCAAGGGCUUUUGGUGGACUGGAGAGGCUAGACACGUUCUUUCCUUUUGACCCGUGUUUAUUGAAGAAAAGUGACAGAUUCGUCCGGCCAAACUUCAUAUUUUGGUCAAUGGUCAAAACUACGUAUGAUGAUGAUGAAGACGAAGACGAAGAUGCGGAAGGUAGCAGCGACGAAGAUGGAGAAGAGUCUGUUGAUGGUGCAGUGGAGAACAGAGGCGACGGAAUGGCUACAAGUUUUGACGAGCGAGAUAUUGAUAUGGAAGAAUUUGACUAUGCGUUGAAUAAGAUGUCCAUUACACCGAAGCAGUCCUCGAUGUACAGGUUCGGCAGUGGACUAGAUGAGCUUGUACGAAUGCCGUCGAGGAUAAGACCAUCUACCAGUCCGGAGUCAUUGUGAAAUCAGUUGAUGGUCACCAAUUCUUUCAGAAGCCGGAAGAUAGUGCUGCCACAUCGUAUGGGUCGUACUGGAACGACCGUAUCGAGUCAUUUUGCUCGGAACCAAAUUUGUGGUGGUAACUCUGGCAUUGUAGUUCUACAGUGUUAAAAUUUUGGUCUCGAAUAGAAGUUGAGAUGAUAAUGUAAUGUUGUGAAACAUAAUGUGACAGUGCUGCCACUGUAUCAUAUGAGCCAGAAAUUUUCUCCCAUCUUAUGGGUUCUUGUCUACCAAA